UCUCUCUUCUUUACUUUUCAUACCAAAUCCUACACUUCGAAACUUCAUACAUGGCUUCCCAACGUGACCAAACUUCAACUAACCACAUAGAAAUUCCAGUUUAUGGAAAUGUGACUGAUCAACCAAGACAAUCUCCAAUCCCAGAAGGCGACGAAGAUGACACCUUUGAUUACUCCCAGAGGACACAGUGGCUUCGCGCCUCUGUGUUGGGAGCCAAUGACGGGCUGGUUUCCGUUGCAUCGCUCAUGAUGGGCGUGGGUGCUGUGAAACAAGAUGUAAAGACCAUGCUAAUAGCCGGUUUUGCGGGGCUCGUGGCCGGGGCGUGUAGUAUGGCAAUAGGAGAGUUUGUCUCUGUGUACACUCAGUACGACAUAGAGAUAUCUCAAAUGAAGAGAGAGAUGAAAGCAAAUGGUAGGACAGAGAAUGCAGAGGAGGCAAAGAAGAAGAUGCUGCCGAAUCCUGCGCAAGCCGCCUUGGCGUCAGCCGUUGCGUUUUCGAUAGGCGCGGUGGUGCCUCUAUUGGGAGCUGCAUUUAUAAGUGAGCAUAAGGUGAGGCUGGCCGUAGUGGCGGCUUUGGUGAGCGUUGCGCUGGUUGUGUUUGGAGGGGUAGGAGCGUGGCUGGGGGGGUCAUCGGUGGUGAAGUCUUGUGCAAGAGUACUUGUUGGAGGAUGGAUGGCUAUGACUAUAACUUUUGCACUCACCAAGUUAAUUGGGUCUAGUGGUAUGCAGAUGUGAUAAAUUACAUGUUUGUUGUUGUCAUUGUGUUUAAUUUCUGUUCUCGUUGACGUUGCUGCUAUUGCUAGUGGUGGUUUUGCAGCUGUUGACAACACCAUUUGCAUAGAGGCGCAGACAUGUAAAAUCAUGUGUAAUUAAGUUGUGUUUAUCAAAUAAUGUUGCUAUGCAACUAUUUAUUGGUUGUGGUUAAAUACUUAUUUGUGAUUGUUUCUAGAAUGGUAAACAGUUUUCGGCAACGAUAAGUGCUUCUGAUUACUUUGACGAGAAAUGUUAAAAGUUCUUCGAGGUAAUCGACGAAAAGAUUUUUUGGAAAACUACAUACCACUUCGAAGGUUAUAAAAUCUUCAACAUGAUUUUAAAAA